AUGGCCAGUACUAGCUGUGAAGCCCCUCCACCAUCACCUGCUGAAACUCCAACCGUCAACAAUUCUACCAAAACCAAAUCCAACUCCUCAAAACGAUCUUUCGUAGCAAACUUCAAGGCCAAGUUUUGCGUCUCCAAACCCAAACCGCUUGAGAACAACCACCACAAAGCAGCAGCUUCCAGCAGUACAGCAACCACCAACAAAAAUGACGACCACGGUAGAGCUCUUUCCCUCUCUUCUAAAAUGAUUCGUAAUGAUCUCCUCGCCGCGGAUUCGGCCUUUGCUGAGGCAAAGAAGUACAUGGACCACAUGAAUGUGAAAAUCAACCAGGCCCAUGAGAAAUUUGAGGAGCUACAAAAAUUAGGCGGCAGUCAGAGAGACUUUGACGAACUCCGGAAGGACGUCAUGAAGCUGAAGUUCCAGAUCCCUUCGCAUGGGAAAAUCCGUUCUGCCGAUUCCAACCCACGUCGUAACCGGUGGCCUAAUAUAAAUGAGGCCGAGGAUGGAAUGUCGCACUUCUUUUACAAGGAGCCAGAGGAUACGCACACCGGUGAUUUUGAUGGCCUAUUGGAAGCUUUCCAUGAUCUCUCCUUGCCAUGGCAGCGUUGUUUGUUAUGUUUCUUCAAGUUCCCACCAGCGGCAAUUAUAAAGAGAACGACGAUGAUUUACCUGUGGAUAGGCCUAGGCCUAGGAUAUACCUGGUUGUCCGCUUCCAAUUAUGUCAAAAUGAUCUUUGAUAAGGAUGAUUAUGGCAAUACAAUCCUGAAUGAGUUUGUUGAGAAGGGCUUCAUCCAACCUAUCUACCAAAAUUGCUCCUUGGCGCCAGACAGUUGCAGAAUGAGCAUUUCUGUUCGUUCUGCUUUAUACGAAGCAGCUAAAGCAAGUGGAUUUACUUCAAAGGAUAAUCUUGAUUUGGAUCUUCAAAAUGAUAAUCUUGGUUUGGAUCUAGAAAAUGAUCGGGGUCAUAUAUUGGGGCACGCAUGUCUGAUCAACGUUGGUGAAGCCGUUAUUAAUUGGGAGUCCGAAAUAUUUGAUAAUACCGAGAAUAUCAGAUGUCUUUGUCUCGGAAGAUGGCAGAGUUCGGCUACGCACCACAUUGAACUAGCAGAUGCCAAAAUUCUCCACGGACUGAAGGAUCUGAAGAACUUAACGUUUCUUAGCCUUCGAGGAAUUUCAAUGAUCACGGAGCUCCCCGCAUCCAUUUUAGAGCUCAAGAAUUUGGCGAUCUUAGAUCUCCAAGCAUGCCAUAAUCUUGAGGUGAUUCCUGAGGAUAUCGGCUUGCUCGAUAAUUUGACACACUUGGACAUGUCCGAGUGUUACUUUUUAGAACACAUGCCCAAGAGUCUUCUUCAACUAUCAAACCUCAAAGUCCUUAAGGGAUUCUUAAUUGGAGAUUUCAACAACAACAAACAAUCGUGUACUCUUCACGAUUUGUCAGGACUGCGGAAGUUGAGAAAACUUAACAUCUACGUAAGUGUGAAAGACUUUUGCAGACUGUGGGACUUUGAUGAUUUAGACAAUUUUAAAGGCUUGCAAAAGUUGACAAUAUUAUGGGGAGGAUGCUCUUCACAAAGUCAAAAAGCAGCACGCAUGGAACUACGCAGACGAGGCCAUGUGAUACUUCCUUCCAGAUUGAAGAAACUAGACCUUCAGUGUUUCCCUACGGAGCGUCUAACCGAUUGCAGUGUAACGUGGAGAUAUUGCGUUUGA